GGGAGUGUCUCAGACUCCCGAACGUCUGCGAGCGUGAGCGCACUCAGCCGCACCGAUUCACAAACGGCGCUGUCUCUUAACGGAGAGGCGUGCAAGGUGCUCCUCUGUGAAGGCUCGAUCCGAGAUUCUCCAACAGCUUCCGAAGAGCCAGGUGUGUGACGGGGGAGCAGCAGAGGCGAGGGAUGGAGGGGAGGGACGCUCGCUGUGUGCGUCCGUAGGGAGGGUGAGCGGGGAGUCAGCCAGUGAAGACGCCGUGGUCCUCAGAGACACGCCCCUCCCGCCUCGCGCCCCCUCCCAGCUCCGCCCCACCCGCUCUGCCCGGAGCGAUGGCCUUCACCCUGUCGGAGAUCAUGGCCGCCCGCCGGCAGCAGCAGCAGCAGCGCGGGGCCAGAGUGGCGGUGGAGGUGGACGAGUACAGCGCCAACCCCACCCAGGCCUUCACCUUCUACAACAUCAACCAGGGCCGCUUCCAGCCCCCACACGUGCACAUGGUGGACCCCCUGCCCCACGACACCCCGAAGCCACCCGGGUACACCCGUUUCGUCUGCAUCUCGGACACCCACUCCCGCACGGACGCCAUCCAGAUGCCCUUCGGAGACGUCUUCAUCCACGCCGGAGACUUCACCGAGCUCGGCCUGCCCAGCGAGGUCAAGAAGUUCAACGACUGGCUCGGUACCCUGCCCUAUGAGAUCAAGAUCGUAAUCGCUGGGAACCACGAACUAACCUUUGACCAGGAGUUCAUGGCGGACUUGAUCAAGCAGGACUUCUACUACUUUCCCUCGGCAUCCAAGCUGAAGCCAGAGAACUAUGAGAAUGUCCAGUCCCUGCUGACCAACUGCAUCUACCUGCAGGACUCGGAGGUGACAGUCAGGGGCCUCCGAAUCUACGGCACCCCGUGGCAGCCCUGGUACUACGGCUGGGGCUUCAAUCUCCCGCGGGGCCAGGCCCUGCUGGACAAGUGGAACCAGAUCCCAGACAGCACUGACAUCCUGAUCACACACUGCCCCCCGCUGGGGUUCCUGGACUGGGUCCCGAGGAAGAUGCAGCGGGUCGGGUGCGUCGAGCUGCUCAACACGGUGCAGAGACGGGUACAGCCCAAACUGCAUGUGUUCGGACACAUCCACGAAGGCUACGGAAUGAUGACGGACGGCGCCACCACCUUCGUCAACGCCUCCGCCUGCACGGUCAACUUCCAGCCGAUGAACGCCCCCAUAGUGGUGGACCUGCCCACGUCCAGGAGCACAUGAGAGAGAGGGGGGGGCCCCCCGUGCCGGCGCCCUCCCCCCUGCUCGCAGGGCCCUGUGGGACAGUAGGUAGGCCGGGUGGGCGCGGUGGGGGAGCGGGCUGUAAAUAUGCUGCGUUCUGAAGGACUGCGUUUCCCAGCAGCCCCUGGGGCCCUGCUUCUUGUAGAAUGUGCGUGUGCAGGUUGUGUUGCGUGCAUUUCUUUCUUUUUAUUUCGACAUAAACAAUUGCACAACAGUCGCCUCCCUUGCGGACUCUGAGGUGAUGUGGAUCUGUGAUUUCACUCUUCCGUUGCACUUCAAUCGGCUGACAGUCUCUCGUAAGAGAGAGGAGGUUCUCUCCCAACCCUUCCCCCCCGGAUCCGGGCUUUUAAAAAGGGUGGCUCUGUAACGCGGGGGCUGGCUUUCCUCUUCGGUAUUUAUUCUGCUUAUGUAUUCUUUAUUUCAUGGAGGAGCCACAAGCGCUGUCUCCCCCGAGCCGGCCGCCGUGUGAAC